AUGUAUAGACUCAGUCCGGACGAUAUGGCUUUGCUACCGUAUUCAAGUGGUACUACAGGCUCCCCCAAAGGUGUCAUCCUCACACAUAGAAAUUUUGCAACUAUGCUCGAUAUCAUAAAUCGACAUUUUGAUGACAACGUCGUCUCGAAGCUUGGUGACUCCUCUUGGGACUAUCACGAUGAAAACAUGUUGUUGAUGUUGCCGUUUUACCAUAUCUACGGUUUCGGUCUUAUGAACCAAACACUUAUCAAAGGAACCACUGGAAUAAUUUUCUCCAAGUUUGAACCUACGUUAUUUCUAAGAGCGAUUCAAACAUAUCGGCCAAAGAUGCUUAUGCUUGUGCCACCAAUUCUGUUGCUUUUGACGAAACAUCCUUCCACACUAAACUAUGACCUCUCCUCCAUCCAAAUGGUUCUUACCGGUGCUGCACCUGCUGGAAAGGAUCUAUGUGACGAGUUUCUCAAUAAGUAUAAGCAAGUACGAUAUUUAGCACAAGGUACAUGA